AUGGCUUUCAAGCUCUCUACCAAGCACCUUGCCGAUAUCGGCGCCCAGACUGAAAAGUCCAUCCGCAUCCCGAGCUACGAUCGCAAUGACGUGAAGGAGGGCAUUGUCCACGUCGGCGUCGGCGGCUUCCACCGCGCCCACUUGGCCGUCUACGUCGACAAGCUGAUGCAGAACCACGGCGUGCGCGACUAUGCCAUCUGCGGCGUUGGUCUGCAACCCGCCGACGCCUCCAUGCGCGAUGUCCUCGCCUCGCAGGAUCACAUGUACACCGUCAUCGAGCGUUCCGCAGCCGGCAGCACCGCCCACGUCGUCGGCAGCAUCCGCAACUUCCUCUUCGCCCCCGACGACCGAGAGGCCGUCAUCGCCAAGAUGGCACACCCUGACACCCACAUCGUCUCGCUCACCAUCACCGAGAGCGGCUACUACUACAACGAGAACACCCACGAGCUGCAGUCCGAGCACCCGGACAUCCAGCACGACCUCGACCCGGCCAACGCGGCCAAGCCCAAGACUACUUUUGGCUUCCUGUACGCCGCCAUGGUCAGGAGGCGGGACCAGGGUCUCAAGCCCUUCACGGUGCUGUCGUGCGACAACAUGCUCAAGAACGGCUCCAUCACGAGGAACAUGCUGCAGAGCUUCGCCAAGCUCAAGGACCCCUCGAUGGCGGACUGGAUCGCACAGCACGGUGGCUUCCCCAACGCCAUGGUUGACCGCAUCACCCCAAGGACGUCAGACCCCGACAUCAAGGGGCUGGCUGAAGAGUUCAAGAUUGACGACGCCUGGCCCGUCGUCACCGAGCCUUUUAUGCAAUGGGUCGUCGAGGACAAGUUCGCCGACGGUCGGCCGCCGUUCGACCUGGUCGGCGUUCAGGUUGUCAAGGACGUCAAGGAUGUCGAGCAGUUCGAGAAGCACAAGCUCCGCCUGCUCAACGCCAGCCACUCGGCCAUGGGCUACCCCGGUCAGCUGGCAGGCUUCAAGUACGUGCACGAAGUCAUGGAGCACCCUCUGUACCGCAAGUUCAUCUGGCAGAUGAUGCAAGAGGAGGUCAAGCCCCUGUUGCCCGAGAUCCCUGGUGUCGACAUUGACGCCUACUGCAACACCCUGAUGGAGCGCUUCUCCAACCCGACCAUCAUGGACCAGCUGCCGCGCAUCGCGCUCAACUCGUCGGGCAAGAUGCCGCAGUUCGUCAUGCCGUCCAUCGCCGAGGCCAUCUGGGUGACGGGCCCCUUCCGCCGGCUCGUCUUUGUCGCCGCAUGUUGGUUCCGCUACGUUCUCGGUGUGGACGACAAGGGCAACAAGUUCGAGGUCGACGACCCCAUGCGCGAGGAGCUGCAGUCCAAGGCUCAGGCCGGAGGCACCACGCCUCACGAGAUCCUCAGCAUCAAGUCGCUGUUUGGCGACGACCUGCGCGGGGACGAGCGCUUCCUGAAGGAGGUCACACAGGCAAUGGAGGACAUUGCGCGAGACGGUGUCAUGGCUACCAUGCCCAAGUUUGUCAACGAUGCUUAA